AUGGCGGACCAAAAUAUUUCACAGUACAAGUACGCGGCGAUGUCCAACCUGGUUCUCCAGGCGGACCGUCGUUUCAUCAGUCGCACCCAUGACGAACCCACAGGAGACCCGGAGUCUCUGGCUGGUCGCAUUGGUAUCCGGGAGAUGGGCGCUCAAGUCGCGCGUGAUACUGCUCCCAAAUCCAAGAAGACCGCACCUACCGGUAUCGAGCGCGGCGGUAUCGAUGAGGGCGAGGAUGUGCUUUUACGCGAACAGAAAAAGCGCUCACGCGGGCAACCAGCACAACUUCGCGGGCAGGGCAUCCUAUCAGCAGCCGACGCUUUUGUCGAAGGCCUCAAAUACCGUCCCCGGACACCCGCCACACGAGCCACCUACGACCUUAUCCUCACAAUCACCGGAAGCGUUCUGGGCGAUGUUCCCCACGAAGUCGUUCGAAGUGCUGCGGACGCGGUGCUGGAAUAUCUCAAAGAUGAGGAAAUGAAGGAUUUCGAUAAAAAGAAAGAGAUCGAUGAUCUUUUGGGGAGCUCGAUGAACCCCAAGGAAUUCAACGAGCUUGUCAACCUGGGCAAGAAAAUCACAGACUACGAUGCCCAGGAUGAGGACGAAGAAAUGAACGAUGACCUCGACGAAAACGACGGGGAGCUUGAUCAGCGUCAAGGUGUAGCUGUCGUGUUCGACGAGGAAGACGAGGACGACGAUCGCAUGGGAACCGUCAAUGAAAUUCGCGACGACGACGACCUGAGCGACGACGACGAAGCCGACGAAGAGCGAUCAGAAAAUGGCGAUGCCACCGCUCCCAAAGAGGAAGACGAAGACGAGAUGGUCAUUGACGGGGGUCUUGGUGGAAAAGAAAAGGCUGUAGAUAAGGCCGGCCUGAAGGUCUCCGCUCGUGAAAUUGACGCCUACUGGCUGCAACGCGAAAUCGGUUCCCUUUACUCCGACGCCCACACUCAGCAUGAAAAGACCGAUGAGGCACUCGCAAUUCUCGGCGGCAAGGAAGAGGAUGGAACACCAAAGCCCUUGCGCGACGUUGAGAACGACCUCAUGGAACUCUUUGAUUAUGACCACCCUGACCUGGUUGCUAAACUGGUUACCAACCGCGAUAAGGCCGUCUGGGUCACCCGUUGGCGAAGAGUCGCAGAGGAUGCCGAUGCGCGCAACCUCGUCGAGAUCGAGAUGGUCGAAGCCGGACACCGCGCUAUUCUUGAUGAGAUCCGUGGCAAAGAGGCCCGCGAGGACCUUACGGAUCGCCCUGAGAAGAAAAUGAAGUUUGACUUGAUGGAUGUCGAUAUCCCUUCAGGUGCAUCUGCCGACGAAAAGCCUGAAAUCCCGACCGGACCCCUCCAGCCCAAGAGAACUAUCAACCUCGAGAACCUUGUUUUCCAACAGGGCAACCACCUCAUGACCAACCCUAACGUUAAAUUGCCCCAAGGUUCCAGCAAGCGCACAUUCAAGGGCUACGAAGAGAUCCACGUACCGCCUCCCAAGGCAAAGAAAGACCCUAACGAGAAGCUAAUCCCGACUACUGAACUGCCUGAAUGGGCCCGCGUUGGAUUCGGAACUUCCAAGGAGCUCAAUCGCAUUCAGUCAAAGUGUUAUCCCUCAGCUUUCCAUGAUGAUGGCAACUUGCUCGUCUGUGCUCCCACUGGUUCCGGAAAGACCAACGUUGCCAUGCUCACUCUUCUUCGGGAAAUUGGAAAAAACCGCAAUCCUGAGACUGGCGAGAUCAUGUUGGAUGACUUCAAGAUUGUGUACAUUUCUCCCUUGAAAGCACUGGUGCAAGAACAAGUCGGCAACCUAGGAAAGCGUCUUGAGCCCUAUGGAAUUCGCGUUGCAGAACUUACAGGUGAUCGCCAGCUCACCAAGCAGCAAAUUGCCGAUACCCAGGUCAUCGUCACCACUCCCGAAAAGUACGAUGUCAUCACCAGAAAGGCAUCGGAGACCAGCUACACCAAGCUUGUUCGUCUAGUUGUCAUUGACGAGAUUCAUCUUCUUCACGAUGACCGUGGUCCCGUUCUUGAGAGCAUUGUCAGCCGAACCAUUCGCAGAUCGGAGCAGACCGGAGAGCCAGUUCGAAUCGUUGGUCUGAGUGCUACUCUUCCCAACUACAAGGAUGUCGGAAGCUUCCUGCGUGCCGAUCCUGUCAAGGGCAUGUUCCACUUCGAUGGCACAUACCGUCCUUGCCCCCUGAAGCAGGAGUUCAUUGGUGUCACUGACAAGAAGGCAAUCAAGCAGCUCAAGACAAUGAAUGACAUCUGCUACACCAAGGUCAUGGAGCAGGUUGGCCAACGCCGAAACCAAAUGCUCAUCUUCGUGCAUUCUCGCAAGGAAACCGCCAAGACAGCCAAGUACAUCAGAGACAAGGCCCUUGAGGACGAAACCAUCGGCCAGAUCCUGCGCAGUGAUGCCGCUAGUCGUGCCAUCCUUGCUGAGGAAGCUGAUUCCGUCGACGAUGCUGGCCUGAAGGACGUUAUGCCUUACGGUUUCGGAAUUCACCACGCUGGUCUCAGUCUUGCUGACCGUGAUUCCGUGCAGUCCUUGUUCGCAGAUGGCAGUAUUCAAGUUCUUGUCUGUACCUCGACUCUGGCUUGGGGUGUCAACCUUCCCGCCCACACCGUUAUCAUCAAGGGAACUCAGGUCUACUCGCCUGAGAAGGGUGCCUGGGUAGAGCUGAGCCCACAGGAUGUCCUCCAGAUGCUGGGACGAGCGGGUCGACCACAAUACGACACCUUUGGUGAGGGUAUUAUCAUCACUUCGCAAGCAGAGAUUCAAUACUAUCUCUCACUUCUGAAUCAACAGCUGCCCAUCGAGUCUCAAUUGAUGAGUAAGCUGGCGGACAAUUUGAACGCUGAGAUCGUGCUUGGCAAUGUGCGCACUCGCGAUGAUGGUGUGGAGUGGCUAGGCUACACUUACCUCUAUGUUCGUAUGCUCCGAUCACCGGGUCUGUACAGCGUCGGCGCAGACUAUCAAGAUGACGACGCUUUGGAACAAAAGCGUGUUGAUCUUAUCCACUCCGCCGCUGCUGUUCUCGAGAAGGCCGGUCUUGUCAAGUAUGAAAAGAAGACCGGACGUCUGCAGUCAACCGAGCUUGGACGUAUUUCCUCGCACUACUACAUUGGCCACAACUCGAUGUUGACCUACUCUCAACACCUCCAACCCUCCAUCACCACCAUCGAGCUUUUCCGCAUUUUCGCUCUCAGUGAUGAGUUCAAGUACAUUCCAGUCCGCCAGGAUGAGAAGCUUGAGCUUGGUAAGCUGCUUGGUCGGGUUCCCGUUCCAGUGAAGGAAACCAUUGAUGAGCCCCACGCGAAGAUCAACGUGCUUCUACAGGCCUACAUCUCUAGACUCAAACUCGACGGUCUCGCUCUGAUGGCAGAUAUGGUCUAUGUCACUCAAUCUGCUGGUCGUAUCAUCCGAGCUCUUUUCGAGAUUUGCUUGAAGAAGGGAUGGUCCUCAGUGGCCAAGACCGCUCUCGAUCUCUGCAAAAUGGCGGAGAAGCGCAUGUGGCCCACUAUGUCUCCCCUUCGCCAGUUCCCCCACUGCCCAAGAGAUGUGUUGCAGAAGUCCGAGCGAAUUGAUGUGCCCUGGAACAGCUACUUCGACCUUGAUCCCCCACGCAUGGGUGAACUUCUUGGCAUGCCCAAGGCUGGACGUGUUGUCUGUGACUUGGUAUCCAAAUUCCCCAGACUCGAUGUCCAAGCUCAAGUGCAACCUAUCACACGCUCAAUGCUGCGGGUCGAGCUGACCAUUACGCCAAACUUUGUUUGGGAUGACAAUGUGCACGGCGGUGCUCAAGACUUCUGGAUCUUGGUCGAAGACUGCGACGGUGAAGAGAUCUUGUUCCAUGACCGGUUCAUGCUCCGCGCCGAGUUCGCCAAGUCUGAGAUGAAUGAGCACCUUGUUGAAUUCACUGUUCCUGUCACAGAACCAAUGCCACCUAACUACUUCAUCUCCCUCGUGUCUGACCGAUGGAUGCACUCCGAAACCAAGAUUGCUCGCGCCCCAGUUAAGGCCCUGAAGCGCGAGGAUUACCAGGCAUUGUACCCCGAUUGGCAACACUUCAAUAAGAUCCAAUCUCAAGUCUUCAAAUCUGUGUUCGACAGCGAUGACAACAUCUUCAUCGGUGCUCCCACGGGUAGCGGCAAGACGGUAUGCGCAGAGUUGGCUUUGCUUCGACACUGGGCCACCAAGGAGGGUGGCCGUGCUGUUUACAUUGCGCCCUUCCAGGAAUUGGUGGACCUCAGACUUGCCGACUGGCAGAAACGUCUCGCUGAAGUGGAUGGCGGCAAGACCAUUCUUAAGCUUACAGGCGAGACUACGGCUGAUCUCAAGGUCUUGGAGCAGGCUGAUCUCGUCCUUGCAACUCCCACGCAGUGGGACGUCCUGUCUCGCCAGUGGCAGCGACGUAAGAACAUCCAAACAGUCCAACUGUUCAUCGCCGAUGAGCUCCAUCUGUUGGGUGGGUAUGCCGGAUACAUCUACGAAGUAAUUGUGUCCCGCAUGCACUACGUUGCCCUGCAAACCGAGAACGAAAUGCGUAUUGUUGGUCUCAGUGUUCCUCUUUCCAAUGCCCGCGACAUUGGAGAGUGGAUCGGUGCCAACAAGCACACAAUCUUCAACUUCAGUCCGCACGCCCGCCCCGUGCCACUUGAGCUCCACCUCCAAUCCUUCACCAUCCCCCAUUUCCCCUCCCUGAUGUUGGCCAUGGCUCGCCCGGCUUAUCAGUCAAUCCUGCAGCUGUCGCCUGACAAGCCUGCUCUCGUCUUCGUUCCUAGCCGUAAGCAAGUCCGGGCCACUGCCAUGGAUCUUCUUUCUGCAUGUGCCAUCGACAAUGAUGAAGACCGAUUCUUGAACGCCGAUGUCGAGCAGCUCACCCCUCUUCUUGAGCGUGUGCACGAGCAGACGCUUGCUCACUCACUUUCUCACGGAAUCGGUUACUAUCACGAAGCUUUGAACGCCAAUGAUAAGCGCAUCGUGACUUAUCUGUUCCGUCUUGGUGCCAUCCAGGUCUUGCUGGCCUCGAGGGAUGUUUGCUGGGAAUUAGAUAUCACGGCCCAUCUGGUCGUUGUCAUGAACACUCAGUUCUUUGACGGUCGCGAGCACCGCUACAUUGACUACCCAAUCAGCGAUAUCUUGCAAAUGUUCGGCAAGGCAUCCCGCCCUGGUCAAGACAAGGCCGGUCGUGGUGUUCUCAUGGUCCCCGCCGUCAAGCGUGACUACUACAAGAAAUUCCUGAACGAGGCUCUUCCUGUGGAGAGUCACUUGCAGGCUUACCUCCACGAUGCCUUCGUGACUGAAGCUAGCACAAGGACUCUUUCCUCGACCCAAGAUGCGGUUGAUUGGAUGACAUACACCUAUUUCUACCGUCGUCUUCUCGCCAACCCUAGUUUCUACGGCUUGAGUGACAUUAGUCACGAGGGUCUCAGCACCUUCUUGUCUGAGCUGGUGGAGAACACAUUGAAGGAAUUGUCUGAAGCCAAGAUCAUUGACCUCGACGAGGAAGACGAUAGUGUUUCACCUCUGAACCCGGCCAUGAUCGGUGCAUACUACAACAUUUCUUUCAUCACAAUGCAGACCUUCCUGCUGUCUCUUUCGUCUCGGACAAAGCUCAAGGGCAUCUUGGAAAUCGUCACAUCGGCCACCGAAUUCGAGUCUAUCCAAAUCCGCCGUCAUGAGAACCACAUUCUUCGUCGCGUGUAUGACCGUUGCCCAGUCAAGAUGGCUGAGGUCUCCUACGACUCGCCUCACUUCAAGGCCUUUGUUCUCCUUCAGGCCCACUUCUCUCGCAUGCAGCUACCCCUCGAUCUUGCCAAGGAUCAGGAAGACAUUGUGCGAAAGGUUUUGAACCUUCUCAGCGCAUGUGUUGACGUUCUCUCCUCUGAGGGUCGUCUCAACGCAAUGAACGCGAUGGAGCUGUCCCAGAUGGUGGUCCAGUCCAUGUGGGAUCGGGAUAGCCCUCUGAAGCAGAUUCCUCACUUCACGCCAGAGGUCAUCCAGGUCGCCAACGAGUACAAGAUUAAUGACAUCUUCGAAUUCAUGGAAGCCAUGGACCCAUCCGAGAACAAGGACCACGCGGCCUUGAUCAAGCGUCUUGGUCUUGACGCUGCCCAAUUGAAGCAAGUCGCCGCUUUCACCAACGACAAGUACCCCAACAUCGAGCUCGACUUCGAGGUUGAAGAUCCCGAGAACAUUACUUCUGGUGACCCCUCAUACCUCAAGGUCAAGAUCGAGCGCGAGGUUGACGAGGAUGAAGAAGUUGACACUACUGUCCAUGCACCCUUCUACCCUACCCAGAAGAUGGAGAACUGGUGGCUGGUUGUCGGCGAUGAGAAGACCAAGAGCUUGUUGGCUAUCAAGCGUGUCACGAUCGGUCGCAAGCUGGAGCUCCGCCUGGAGUAUGUUGUGCCUACACCCGGGGAGCAUGAGUUGACGCUCUACCUGAUGAGCGACAGCUACGUUGGUGUUGAUCAAGCCCCUACGUUCAGCGUGAACGCCGCAGAGGGGAUGGACGAGGAUGAGAGUGAGGAAGAAGAGGAAUGA